UCAGGGGAGGCUACUCUAAUUAAUGUCACCAAAGCAUUAAAAUUUCAGAUGUCUUUGACGAAAAGAGACUGACGCGUAGAUGGAGCGUCCUAAGGACAACUUUAGGAAGUUUUGAUAGACAAACUAACUUUGAAGCCCUUUGACCUGAAGAUCUUCACCAUGAGUUCUCCAGAGGAGUCCUAUCUGAAGUGUGAUAUCUGUCAUGCCAAUUUCCGGAGCAAAGAAGAUUUUCAGACCCAUGUAGAACAACACUUCCUGAACACCGAGAUCUCCAGGGAGACCAAGUCCGAGUCUCCAGGUCCAAGUGCAGCAUCAUCAGGUUUAAUCUACAUCUGUCCAAUAUGCCAGGAAGACUUUCUGUCUGAAGAUCAUCUGAAACAGCAUGAGCAGUUGCACCAAGGUUUAGAAUCAUUAGACAAUGAAGAGUUAUCAAAUGAGGAUGUUUUAACUGAAUACAAUGCAUUGCAGACUUACCAGCAUGGCACUGCAGGUACUUCUUGUGGAGAAGCCAGUGUUCAGUCAUAUUGUGACAAUACAGUUUUGGGGACUGGAGAGGGUAGUUCCGUGUCUAAUAGUGAAGAUGCUUGUGUCAAUACUGUGUUUGGUGCAAUGAUGAGCGAAGGAGUUGAUUCAAUCACUACCAAGCCAGAAGUAUCUCAGACAGGCAAGAGACCUUUCUCUUGUAGCUUCUGUGACAAGUCCUUCCUGCGCAAGUUUGACUUGAAACGUCAUAAUGUCACUCACACUGGCGAGCACAGCUUCCGAUGUGGAACAUGUGGAUUAGGAUUUUUGGAUUCAUGUGGCCUCAAGAUCCAUUUACGUACCCACACUGGAGUAAAACCAUACAGCUGUGGAAUAUGUGGUAAGGCCUUCUCGCGGCAGCAUGAUGUCAAGCGGCAUUCAAUCAUACAUGCCAAGUCUCGGAUUAAGUGUAAAUGUAUGUACUGUAAUUUGAAGUUUAAUGAUCUUACUCAGCUUACCAAACAUUUUAUUUUCGCUCAUUCAGAAGAUGAUGAUGUUGCGUGUUAUAUGUGUGAUUUAACUUUCAAAACUAAAGAAGAGGCUCUCAGACAUGUAGAAGAAUCACAUGAGCAGAAUGAAACAGAACCAAGCUUGAAGGCAGGGCUUUCAGACCAGGAUGAAGAUCGGAAUGACUAUUUUGAUUGUGCCACAGGUCUGAACAAAUGUCCUAUAUGCGAGAAGCUAUUCACACGGAAAACCGACGUAAAGAGGCAUUUGAAAACACACACAGGACACAAGGAUUUCAUCUGUGGUAUUUGUGGGGUGAGUUUCAUGGACUGUUCGGGACUGAAGGUGCAUUUAAGGACUCAUACUGGGGAACGACCUUUUCGGUGUCAUGUCUGUGAAAAGAGCUUCAACAGGGGUUAUGACCUAAAGCGUCACAUGACAAUCCACAAAGAUGAACAAAUCCUCAGCUGUAGGGUCUGUGAUUUAAAGUGUGAAAAUAUUCCCAGUCUUAAUGAGCAUCUCCAUACACAUAAGGAGGCUAUAAGGAAAUCGCAAGAUGACGACGACCUGGAAUCCGUAUCAGAAGAUACGGAUAUUCCAGGUGAUGAGUCUGAUCCUGAACUUGGUGAGCAGGAAGACAUUCCUCCCACCAAAAUGUUUUUUUGUCAUGUUUGUAAAACCGGAUUCAGUCGUAGUCACGAUUUGAAACGGCAUGUAAGCAACUUUCAUCCAGGAGAAUAUUUUUUCAAAUGUGACAUCUGUGGUUCCAAGUUUGAUAACCGUCUGGACCUGAAACAUCACAUGAAAUCCCACUCUACCAGUCAUGUCACAUGCUGUCUUUGCAACACGAACUUUGAAUCAGACAACAAGUUACAAACUCAUUUAAAGUUCCACACCGGAGAAAAUCAACAUGAAUGUAUCGUUUGUAACAAUAUGUUUUUUAAUUCCUAUGAUCUAAAACGGCACAUGAUGUCCCACACUCAGGAAAAGCCAUACACAUGUAGCUUGUGUUCGUGUAAAUUCUUUGCUGCUUGUGAUCUUAAAGUUCACCUCCGCACCCACACAGGAGAAAAGCCAUACUCCUGUCCUGUGUGCUUCAAAGCUUUUAACCGUAAACAUGACCUGAAGAGACACACGGUGGUGCACAGCAAGACUCCAUCUUGAAUAUUGUACAGUUUGUUUUGACAAUAGUUGUGUGGUCUCACAAGACAACUACCCAGGUAUUUGUAUGCCGUAUUUUGCUAACACUAUUUAUUUUCUACUUUUUUGUAUACACUUUCAUAAAGAAUGUAUUUGGAUAGAUUCAUGUGACAAUUUACCUUUAAAUCUUAUCUCAUACUCAAAUUGACUGAUGUUCAUGUAAAGAAAAUGCAAACAUGUCCCACUUGCAAUGCAAUUUGCUGUGCAGAAUUGUGCUCAGGGUGCAAUGAACAGGAGUUGAAUCCCAGAUUCUCCUUCAUUAUGAUCCUUGGUGUUGGCACAAUACCCAUGUGGUUUUAAUGCAGUAUCAGUGUUCCCGUUUACCAGUAAUUACCAGUUUUGUACCAGUGAAAUUAGGCUUGGACCGGUAAUUCAGGUGACUGCCAGUCCCUGUGGACCAGCAAAUAAAGUACCUUAUAAAUCUUUGUUGUUGAACCAAACAUUGGUGAUAUUCAUAUAAGUACAUUUUUCGAACGAAGUCAGCUUGUCUGUUACCAUCAGGGUUUCCCUUUGUCUAUUUUUAUUGCAAGGGAAUAACAUUUUGCUUUGCUUCGAGAUAAAAUAUCCAUUUGUAGUGACUUCAUCUUGAAAUAUUAAAAAAAGGAGAAAAUUAUGACUGAAGUUAGUGUGAAUGAUGUUUAGAUGAAAUUAAGUUACUUCAGAGAUGACAAAAAUUAGGGUGGGACUGGUAAUUAUUAGAGCUGCCAGUCCACUAAACUGGCAGUUUCAAAAGCCAGCGGGAACACCAAGUAUUAAACAGUAUUUCAGUUACUGGGUAUAUAUCAAGGCAUGUCAGCAUAAUGUGGGAGGAAAGCUGAAAGUGACGCUGGUGUAAGAUGUGAACCACUUUUGUGAAAGCCAUGGGCUAUUGUGAACAACAUUCAGCUUUUAAGUAAGAUGAGGAGAUAACGUGGUUCAGCCAUAUAUGAUAUUUGUAACAUUACAUGUUUUCCUAGGUUGUUUGUGUGUCAUUAUUGUACGAUGUUUAUACAUGGUUAUCUUUACAGACUAUUUUUGUAGAUUGCACAAAUGAAAUAAGAGGCCUCAUUAAUUAGAUUUACAUGGUGCAUGUAUAUUCUUAAAACCCAAAACUAGAGAAAUGGUUGUGUUUUUUAUAUACCUUAAGGGAUGACAUCAGUAUGGAGUUAUCUCUACUGGCUAGCCAAAACCUUGGAAACUAAGUACCUCUUCAGACGAAACCACAAAGUUGGAACGUCAUGGCAAGCAGUCAUACCGUUUCAUUCCUCGUUUGUAUGAUGUCGUUUACUUGUACUAAUACCUGUGCUGCUUCCACACAUUGGGAUGCCAAAAGACGAGUGCCUCUCUGCCAUGGAACAAACUUUGUCCUGUCCUGAAUUAUUUUUUGCCUGGCAACAGUGAUGGUAACCUGGACCAGCCACCCAGGAGAUGUCUCUGAGAGAAAGGACUUGCCAGGAUCAUGAUGAUCACCAACUGCAUCUGUCUGACAGUGGUAAUGUACACCCUCUGGAACUCUGCAUGUGUUGGAACCGGUAUCUCCCAAACUGAGAAAAACUCAGACUGUUCACAUAGUCAGAGGAGUAUAUUGUGAAAACUUGAACACAACUAGCUGAGGAAGGAGCUCUCACUUCCUCCAGGCUGGGCGGUAAAUGGCUGGUAACAGAUGUCAACAUCAUGUGCAUGUUUUGGAAGACACAUAGGGUCAUACAGUUUCAAAGCCAAUCCUGUCCCACUACUAUGAACACAAGGUAGGUGUCAUCUCCCCCUUUCUCUGAGGCAGUCAUCUGACCCCAUUGAGCACACAUCUUGCUGGACUUGUACAAGAAACAAGUGUGUGUUUACCAACUCAGUCAGCAAAAUUCCAGCUAUAGCACUCCAGCCUGUAAAUAUUCUAGUCUUGACCAGACAAACCGGUGACUGGGCAGCAUCACACACGAGUCCAGCAUUAUGACAUACAAUCAAUCAAGUCACUGAGUCUAUCCGCCUGAUCCACUUAGUCACCUCUUACAGGAAGCAUAGGGUAAUUCAGGGUUAGAGCUGGGCUGUGUUUCUGCGGCAUUGACACAUCAUUGUAAUAAUUAAUGCAUAAAAAAUGGAUAUUGUGGGCCCAAGGGCACAUUACAUAUGUGUGAUGUCUAACUUGUUUUACACAAUCACUUUCCAUUUAAAACUUAUUCCAAUUUUUAAGAAAUUUUUGGAUCGCAAAUACGUUUGAUUUGUAAUCUGAUUUUUCUGACUAAUAGUUUUUCUAAUGACCAAUGAAAUGCUCUCAUACAGUUUUGUGUCAUUCUGAGAAUGUUCAGUAACAAAUGUAUUAUUGUUCAUGACACAACGAUAUUAUAUCAGUUUUCCCGUUUACCAGUAAUAACCAGUAAAAUUAGGCUUGGACUGGUAAUUCAUGUGACUCAGUACCUGUGAACCGACAAAUAAAGUACCUUAUGAAUCUUUAUUGCUAAACAAAACAUUCACAAUAAUCAAUACAGUAUAUUUUUCGAACAAAGUCAGCUUGUCUACUAUAAUCAGGGUUCCUGCUGUCUAUUUUAGGCCUGCCAGUACCACAAACUUUUCCAACACAUCACAAUACCCUAUGAGGUAAUUUGAAGUAUUUUGUUGCCAGUCACACCAGCGAAACAAUGCCCUGUGAUGUCAGGAGUCAUCGAGUGUUCCAAAGCUCCUCUCAGUGAUCUAUUAUCUCCUCGAUCACAGAAUGUCAUUGAAUAAGCCCAGCGAUGCUGAGUGAGUGAGUGAGUAUGGCUUUACGCCGCUUUUUAGCAAUAUUCCAGCAAUAUCACGGCGGGGGACACCAGAAAUCAGCGAUGCUGAGAGUUUUGAAUAUUUGUUUACUAAAUGAAACAUGCGACAGCACAUUUUUUACAGCAAGUGCUAGUUUAUGAAAUCACUUUUACCGGUAUUUUCAAUAUAGUUUUUAUUAA